AUGGAGAGGCGGCACCGAGGCGGGAGGCGGCGGCGAGGUGCGGGAGGAGGAACUGCCGGCGUAGAGGGCGACGCUGGCAGUGGUGUGCUAAACGGAGGAGGAGCAGCGACGGGUGUAGCAACAGGUGGCGGAGAACUAACCACCGGCGGAGGCGCGGAGACUGGCGGUGGUGUUGAAACCGGAGGCGGCGUUGCUGCUGGAGGCGUCGGAGUGGUCACCGGAGGCGGACUAGCGGUGGGAGGAGUGGGAGUGGGCGGGGAAUUGGUGGCGGUAGGAGAAUUCGCCGACGAUUGGCCGCUGACGGUGGCGACUCCAAUGCAGAUGGUGUUCCUUCUCUACAAGUGCCGCAUCAAGCGUAUGGAUGAGUCACAGAAGCUUGCUGGAGGGAACUCGCGAAGGAUGAAUGAGCCGGCAAUUCCUCCUCCCGCCUCGCCCCCGCCUCCGGUGCCAUCUCCUCCUCCACCGGUUGCACCUACGCCGGCUCUGGUUGUUUCCCCUCCGGCUUCGGUUCCAGCCCCGGCUCUGUUGAAGCCGACGUCUCCUGCUCCAUCUCCAUCGCAAACGAGCCCUCCGGCUCCGCCGCCGGGAGCGCGGGGACCUAAAAUCUAG